AUGAUCAUAUGUCAGCUCUGUGAAGCCAUCGACUACAUCCAUGAGAUGAACAUUCUUCAUUUAGAUAUCAAGCCUGAGAAUAUCAUGUGUGUCUCACAGACGGGAAACCGGAUCAAGUUGAUAGACUUCGGUCUAGCUCGGCACUAUGAUGGAACACAGGAACUUCGCUAUAUGGCGGGUACCCCAGAAUUUGCGGCUCCGGAGGUCAUCAAGUACGAGCAGCUUGACUAUCAUACGGAUAUGUGGAGCGUUGGAGUUAUCACUUAUAUUUUG